UUCAUCCCAUGAAUGCGUAAAAGUGAAAAUUGACAAAUAGAUUUCAUGGUAUGCUGCUUCUGAUCAUGCAUCAUUUAAGUUUGCAUGAACUGAGAUAGCUAAAUGCCAAAACGAAGCUGUGUUGUCUUCUUGGGCCGCAAAUCUGACUUCAAAUGUACUGCCCACUGCCGCUAGACUGUCAGCUGCUUAUUUCUAUAUCAAUUAAUGUAAUAUGCAUUUUUUUCAGUGAGGUUUUUGCGAAUUCGCCCUUCUUAAUUUCAGCAGAGGUUGCCGGUGCAUUAGAUGGAGGGAAUAAUGAUGAUUACAAAGAGACAACUGUUCCUGCCGGUAAAACACAUGAGGUUUCUCUGUCUGUGGACUCGAUAAAUUCGUAUAUUGCUUGGGAUUUUUCGCUUGUGCAAGGGAAGAUAAACUUGGUAUCGUUCCUAAAUUUCAUUUCAUUACUCGGUGAAUGUGUCUUCUUCUUUCAUAGCCUGACGAAGUAUUCUUUCAUCUGUGAUGUGAAUGCUCUAGCCUUCUUCGUUUCCUGUAGUUCUCCGUUGUGUAACUCGUGCUAUUUUCUUGUAUGCCUGUUUGGUUGGAAUGAGAUUGGUAAUGAGUCCAAUAAAAGUUAUUGAUGAAAUGGCAAAUUUUAAACUGUAUGAAGAUUGUGUGAGGAUGUUGGGUUGGAAUAUUCACUUUCUGGUCAUUGUUCGACCCAAGGUUGCCAUUCUGAGUACUAUGAGGUUGAAUAUAGGAAAAAAGUGCUCGCUUUUCAGAUUCUCCAGGAAAUUUGGCUGCGUGGUUGUAUAAUGAUAUCCUUGUGAAGAUUAUCUUUUUAUUCAUCUCUUUAUUCUGACAGGAUCACCCUUGUUUUGAACAGAUGCCUUUUAGUUAUUUUCUGAGAUAA